AUGCGCACGUACGACGACACGUUCUCCGGACAGAGAAUCUACCCUGGAAAGGGUAAGCUCUACGUCCGUGGUGACUCCAAGAUCUUCCGUUUCCAGAACGGAAAGUCCGAGUCCCUCUUCCUCCAGCGCAAGAACCCCCGUCGCAUCGCCUGGACUGUUCUGUACCGUCGCCAACACCGCAAGGGUAUCUCUGAGGAGGUCGCCAAGAAGCGCACCCGCCGCACCGUCAAGGCCCAGCGUGCCAUCGUCGGUGCCUCCCUCGAUGUGAUCAAGGAGAAGCGCUCCAUGCGCCCCGAGGCCCGCUCCGCCGCCCGCGCCGCCGCCAUCAAGGAGUCCAAGGACAAGAAGACCGCCGAUGCCGCCGCCAAGAAGGCCGAGAAGGCCAAGUCCGCCGCCGCCGGUGGCAAGAAGGGCCCCAUCGCCAGCAAGCAGGGCUCCAAGGGCGCCGCCCCCAAGGUCCAGGCCCGUACCCGUUAA